GGGUAAGGAUUGGUGGUGGAAGCAAGAUAACGAAGGGGGGAGUCCGGGACUGUGAAGGAUUAUGUGACGGAAUGGAUUGGAAAUGAAAUUAAGAAAGAAAGGCCGAAGAGUGAAUGGAUUGGGGCCUCAUCGAGUUCAGGAACAAUUGCAAAAAUGGAGAAAAGGAAGAAGAAGAAGAAUGAUAAUCGGAAAAGGUUGGAUUGGUGGGUGUCAUUGGAUGAUGACAAGAAUGUGAAGAGAGAGAAGAGGAGGCCGGCGAGAGAGUGGUGGAAGGAGGAGUACUGUGAAGAGCUUGCUAGGAAGAAAAAGAAGAAGACGAAAAGACAAGGAUCGGUUAGUGAUGGUAUUGAUAGUGAGAAUUGGUGGCCGAGGGAUGAGGAAUUGUCUGUCAAUAGAAAGAAGAAGAGGAGUAGGAGCAGGAGUAGUCGGAGCAGCGUGGAUUGGUGGUUGGAUGGACUUAGUGGUGAGCUAUGGAGAGCUCGGGGAAAGAGUUUUGAUUCUAUUAGUGGGGAAAUUCCGAGAAGUGGUGGUAUUAGUAGCACCCCAAGUAUGAGGGGGACUGUAUGUUACAUUGCACCGGAGUAUUGUGGCGGUGAUGACAUUUCUGAGAAGUGUGAUGUUUAUAGCUUUGGGGUUCUGUUACUUGUUCUUAUUGCCGGCCGGAGGCCACUUCAGGUGACAGGAUCCCCAAUGUCGGAGUUUCAACGCGCCAAUCUUUUAUCUUGGGCGCGCCACCUUGCCCGUGCAGGGAAGCUUAUUGAUCUAGUUGAUUUGUCUAUUGAGUCUUUGGAUAAAGAACAAUCUCUUUUAUGUAUUACAGUGGCUCUUCUGUGCCUACAGAAGUCGCCUGCUCGUCGGCCUUCCAUGAAAGAAGUGGUGGGGAUGCUUACUGGAGAUUUAGAACCACCACCGCUACCAGUUGAAAUUUCUCCUUCACCUCCUUCCCGCCAUAAGUCACAUAAGAAGGUCCGGUGAGUUGGUAGAAUUCGGUGCCAAUUGUCAUGAACAGUAGUGUGUUGUUGUAGUCUUGUACAUUAUUGUUUCCAUUAUCUUUGUUGAUGACUAAUGUAAAAGCAAAAUUUUCAUAUUCAAUGGAUUUGAGAACUUUUAAUUACUCUGCUUUUUGAUUGAUACUUCAUACUAGUGUUGCUAAAAUCAAUAUGUUCUUUUAGUUUUGCCAUGAUUGAAGGGCUAAUCAAGGACCUGACCCACUUUAAUUUCUUUUACACUGAGUUUCAGGAAUGCCCAGAAUAAUUGGACGCCUUUAUACGUGUAGAAAUACUUUUUAGUGGUGAGCCCAUCUUGAUGUUUAAAUUUGAUCGGUGUACUGAAUAAGCAUCUUGUUUUUCUUAGUAGAGAGUUCCUGGGCCAGGGGUAAUCAUCUCUAAUUGUUUGCUACUUUUUGGGACUUCACCAAGUUUGAAUGACUGUGGUCUUAUAAAAAGGGUGGACCCAAUGCACGACGCUCUCACCAUUGUGGGUCUGGGAAUGACUGCAGUCUUAUACAUAAGUAAAUUAGGUUUAUACAAUCACUGUUUUUGAUGUUGUCAUUAGACAUGGGAAUUCCAGAUAGUGCUGCAUAUAUUAAUGUGUGAUAGCAAUAGUUGCAGGAAAGCACAAUGAGGUUAGUUUACAGUCUGCUUGAAUCAGUGGUGUUCCUGGCCCUUUUGCCAAAUUGUUUUCGGGCAUCACCAGGAUGUUCUAGCCUAAAUAUUGGCUGUUCCUAGGCCAUAGUUAGAAUCGUUAUCCAAUAUUGAAAUGAUAGAUAAAUGUAUCUGUUGUCUACAUAAAUGUUGCAUGCUCACAAGUUCACAGCCAGAUAGAAUGUAAACCGAGCAUCCUAAUUUCAAGAUAUCAGCUCUUACUGAAACAGUGGUUUUUUAAAUUUUAACCUUUUUUGUGUGAUUUUAUUCACAAACACAAUGAAAAUAAUGCCAGAGUCUAGUCUUUAUGCAGCCCCCCUUCCAGUACCUUUGCAGUGGUGAGGCCAUCACCGGCUUUUUUUUCUUUGCAAUUUCUCCGUUUGUUAGUCAAUGAUGGUGGUAUAUUGGCUGAAGAACAGAUAUUGGACCCCUUUCAAUUUUGGGGCUUGGUGAUGGUUGUUGGGUUUUAAUUGUAGGGGCUGUUGCUUAUCAUGGAGCUGAGACUAGUUAUGGAGGAUAACUGGAUAGGAUAGUGCUGGUUGUACAUAUUCCAUAUUCUCAUCAACCUUGGCAGAUUCUGUCCUGCUGGUACAUAUUCUGGAUUGUCACCAUACUUGACCGAUUCUAAGUGUCCCUUAGGUGAGUUGGGAUGCUGUUGUGUUCACUCAGUAGUUUAAACAAAAAUUCUCACAUUUGGUUGUUACUUGCCAUGAAAACUGCCAUCGGGAGCAGGUUUUAGAACAGAAGACAAUAGAUUUAUGUAUCACGCGGAGAGAAAUCAUGUAUUUAUAUGGCAGAUAGAUAUCGUAGUGCAGAUGAAGAGAUGUGAAAAAAUAUUCUUUUUUUUUUGUUUCAAUUUUCAUGCAAUGUUACUGGACUAGCUUCUUGAUGUAGCCUAUGUGGUGGAGAUUUUGGUAUUUUAUUUGAACAGGUUACAUUUCGUUCAACUAGGAAAUUCUGGAAGAUUUAUUUUAUUUUCUAAUUUAAUUAGGAAAUUAGUUUAUUUU